AUGAUGCGUGCAGGCCUGGCUAAGAAAAUUACUCCUAGCGUUCGUCAAAUUGUCCCGCGGCGCUUUUUGUCGCUGCACGAGUACCGCAGUGCUCAGCUGCUGAGCCAGUACAACAUUGGCGUUCCUUCUGGAAAGCCUGCCUUUUCUGGUAAAGAGGCCCGUCAGGUUGCCCAAGAGCUUGAUUCGGAGGAUCUUGUUGUGAAGGCGCAGGCUUUGACCGGUGGUCGUGGAAAGGGCCACUUUGAGUCUGGUCUCAAGGGUGGUGUCAAGAUGGUCACCUCUCCUCUCGAGGCGGAGAUGUACGCCGACGCAAUGGUCGGCCACAAGAUCUUCACCAAGCAGACCGGUGAGGCAGGCAAGAAGGUCUCUGCUGUCUAUAUUGUUCAGCGCGAGUUUGCUCGUCGCGAGGCCUACUUCUCGAUCCUUUACGACCGUCACCUCCAACAGCCUAUGAUCGUGGCCAGUAGCCAGGGUGGUAUGGACAUUGAGGGCGUUGCCAAGGACACUCCUGAUGCCAUUCACACCUUUGCCAUUGACAUGGAUACUGGUGUCACUCCCGAGCAGGCUGCAGAGGUUGCCACAUGCUUUGGCUACAGCGCUAAGGCUGAGGAGGAGGCUGCCCAGACCGUUUUGAAUCUGUGGAAGCUCUUCGAUGAGCGCGACUGCACUCUGGUUGAAAUCAACCCUCUUAGUGAGCUGGUUGACAACCGCGUCAUGGCCAUGGAUGCCAAGCUGACUUUCGAUGACAACGCUGCUUUCCGUCAGAAGGAGGUCUUUGAGUGGCGCGAUCUCACUCAGGAGGACCCUGAGGAGGUUGAGGCUUCCAAGUGGGACCUGAACUUCAUCAAGCUUGACGGCAACAUCGGUUGCUUGGUUAACGGUGCAGGUCUGGCCAUGGCCACUCUUGAUAUCAUCAAGCUCAAUGGCGGCAACCCUGCCAACUUCCUUGAUUGUGGUGGUGGUGCUACUGCUGAGUCCAUUGAGAAGGCCUUCCAGCUCAUUCUGACCGAGCCGGGCGUGACCUCCAUCUUUGUCAACAUCUUUGGUGGUAUCGUUCGUUGCGACGCCAUUGCCGCUGGUCUCAUUGCUACUGCCCAGAAGAUGCACUUGACCGUCCCCAUUGUUGCUCGUCUCCAGGGCACCAACUAUGAGGAGGCCCAGGAGCUCAUCAAUAACUCCGGUCUCAAGAUCUUCUCUUACAGUGACCUCGAUGCCGCUGCUUCCCAGGUCGUCAAGUUGUCUCAGGUUGUCCAGCUUGCUCGUGAGUCCAAGCUCAAUGUUUCGUUCGAGCUUCCUUUAUAA